AUAAUUUCCACACGAUCGGCUGGAAAAGUAGUUGUCACUGCCUUCCUGGUGCAGCAUGGCACUUGGACCUGGUGUUCUCUGCCUGUUCCUAUGGACAAUAACAGGUUCCAGUUGUGAGCAGUGCAGAGAAGGAGCCACGUACUCAGGUGCAGUAAUAUCUCCCAACUUAGAAACCACUAAAAUCAUGCGGGUUCCUCACGCCUUGUCAGUGUCCGAGUGCAUCGCAGCGUGUUGUGACCUCUCCGGUUGUGACUUGUCCUGGAUGUUUGAACGGCGCUGUUACAUCGUGAACUGCCAACACAAGGACAAUUGUGAACCUAAAAAAAUUGAAACUGUCAAGUCCUACAUUACCUUUGUGCUGAGGCCUUCUCAGAGGCCAGCCUCACUGCUAGGGCUUGGGCAAGUGAUCCCAAGCAUGGUCCACUCUGUGGGACUCCAGAAUGACCCAUCAGAGGAAGUGAGUAGUCUGAAGAAGCUGUCUCUGCUUGGAAAAGAUCCCAGCCUUGAGGAGAUACCUGAAUACAUUGAUGAUUAUAAGGAGUUGGAGCAGGACCCCUUUCAGGUGGGCAUCAAACACCCACAGAAGGACAGUAUGGAUUAUACUGACUGGGGCCUGAUGGUGGCUGGUGAAAAUGGCUUCAACAAUUCCACGGGUGAUGGUGGAGAUAACCAGGAAGAUUUUGCUGAAAAGAAAGGGGAGGCUGGGAAGGUGGAAAGCCUUCUGAAUAAAAACAGGUCUGAACUGACUUCCGUCAAUGAGCACUCCACACUUCUGGAGAUUGCACCACUCCCUGGGAAGACGCUUGAAAGGGAAGCAGCUGUUCCACUUGCACAACCUGAAGAUGCUUUGCAAAAAGAGGCUGCUACACCUUCCUCUUCUUCAGAUGAACCAGGUUUCUUCCCAGGCGUCUCAGAGAAAACCCAGACUCCCACAGUGGCCCCAGAGAACGCCACUGAAGGUGGGAUCAUGCUACUUCCCACUAAUACUGCUCCAUCUGAGCCCAUGCAGCAGUUCACACCACCUGCUACUGCUGCUAAAGCAGUUAAAGAACUUACUGUGUCUGCUGGAGAUAACAUACAAGUGAUGUUACCCAAAAAUGAUGUUGAACUGAAUGCCUUUGCUGUCCCACCACCAUCUACAGAAACAGCCUACACCUAUGAGUGGAGCUUAAUCAGUCACCCUGCUGACUACAGUGGGGAAAUGGAGCACAGGCACAGCCAGACUUUGAAGCUCUCUCAUUUAUCAGUGGGACUUUAUGCCUUCAAAGUGACAGUUUCUGGUGAAAAUGCCUUUGGUGAAGGUUUUGUGAAUGUCACGGUCAAACCAGCAGUCAGAAUUAACCAGCCACCUGUUGCUGUUGCUUCACCCAAAGUGCAAGAAGUUUCCUUGCCUACAACUUCUACCUUCAUCGAUGGCAGUCAAAGCAUAGAUGAUGUGAAGAUAGUGAGUUUCCACUGGGAAGAAAUUCAAGGUCCCCUGCGAGAGCAGAAGGCAUCUGCUGACACACCUGUCUUGCACUUGUCUAACCUUGUUCCUGGAAACUACACCUUCAGACUCACAGUGAUUGAUUCAGAUGGAGCAGCCAACUCCACCAUUGCAUCUCUGACUGUCAACAAGCCGGUGGAUUACCCACCUAUUGCUAAUGCAGGACCGAAUCAGGCGGUCACUUUGCCCCAGAACUUCAUCACACUGAAUGGAAACCAGAGCAGUGAUGACCAUGAAAUUGUCAGCUAUGAGUGGUCACUCAGUCCCAAAAGCAAAGGCAAGGUUGUAGCAAUGCAGGGAGUGCGCACGCCGUACCUGCAGCUGUCCGCAAUGCAGGAGGGGGAUUACACGUUCCAGCUGACGGUGACAGACUCUGCGCGGCAGCGCUCCACGGCCGAGGUCACACUCAUCGUGCAGCCUGAAAAUAACAGUCCUCCAGUAGCAGUGGCUGGCCCUGACAAGGAAUUGACCUUCCCAGUAGAAAGUACUACAUUGGAUGGAAGCAAAAGCCAGGAUGACCAAGGCAUUGUCUUCUAUCACUGGGAAAAUAUCAGUGGGCCAAGCUCUGUACAGAUGGAAAAUGAUGACAAGGCAAUAGCAACUGUGAGCGGUCUCCAGGUUGGUACCUAUCACUUCAGGCUGACUGUGAAAGACCAACAGGGCUUGAGCAGUGCAUCUGUGCUCUCCAUUACUGUGAAGGAAGAAAACAACAGUCCACCCCGGGCACAUGCUGGUGGGAAGCAUGUUCUAGUGCUUCCAAACAACUCUGUUACCUUGGAUGGCUCAGGGUCUGCUGAUGACCAGGGGAUUGUGUCAUAUUUGUGGAUUCGGGAUGGUCAAAGCCCAGCAGCUGGGGAUGUCAUCCAUGGCUCAGACCACGAGGCAGUACUGCAGCUAACUAAUCUUGUGGAAGGAACCUAUAUUUUCCACUUGAAAGUGACGGAUGCUAAGGGAGACUCAGAUGUUGAUUCAGCAACUGUUGAAGUGCGGCCUGAUCCCAGAAGGAGUGGUCUGGUGGAGCUGAUCCUGCAGGUUGGAGUGGGACAACUAAGUGAGCAGCAGAAGGACACUCUGGUGAGACAGUUGGCUGUCCUGCUGAAUGUUUUGGAUUCAGAUAUCAAAGUUCAGAAGAUACAAGCCUACUCAGAUAUAAGCACUGCAGUUGUGUUCUACGUGCAGAACGGGCAUCCCUCCACGGUGAUCAAGGCAUCAGAUGUCUCACGGACUCUGCAUGUGCAGCUUUUGAAACAGAAGGCUGACUUCUUGCUUUUUAAAGUCCUGAGAGUUGACACGGCUGCCUGUCUUUUGAAAUGCUCUGGACAUGGACACUGUGACCCCAUAACAAAGCGCUGCAUUUGCUACCAGCUGUGGAUGGAAAACCUGAUUCAUCGUUAUCUAAAUGAUGGAGAAAGUAAUUGCGAGUGGAGUAUACUCUAUGUGACUGUAUCUGUUUUUAUUCUGAUCGUGGUCAUAGUAGGGCUUGCCUGGUUCUGCAUCUGCUGCUGUAAAAGGAAGAGGACAAAGAUAAGAAAGAAAACAAAAUAUACCAUCCUAGAUAACAUAGACGAACAGGAGAGAAUGGAGCUACGGCCCAAAUAUGGUAUAAAACACAGAAGUACAGAACACAACUCCAGUCUGAUGGUCUCUGAGUCGGAGUUUGACAGUGAUCAGGACACUAUCUUCAGCAGAGAAAAGAUUGAAAGAGAGAAUUCUAGAACACUUAUAAAUGGUUCUGUGAGAAAUGGAGUUUCCUUCAACUACAGCUCAAAAGACAGAUAACUGAAUGAGGGUAAAAGCACAGAACACACUGGUGUGACACAUCUGAAACAUGUUGGCCCAGCUCUGUUUUUCCAUCAUCAAAAUCUUCCUAAAAUAUCAACAUGGCAGAUUAAGGGGUAAAAUUUUAGCAAAUUUUUAGGUAGGGAAAGGCAGAAGGAGGGAUAAAGGAUUAGCUGGUGAGCUAACCCCUCUUGUCGCUAUUAUAGGAGCAAGAAAAACCACAUCUUACUUCUUGCAUGUUCUGUGCUGAAUGCUUGAACUUCAGAAGGGCCUUUUUUUUUCUAUAUUACUGCUACAAAACUGGCCAGAGCUGUUCUGCUACAAAUUAUGGUAACUAACUAUGGCAUACAGAUUCAUAUGUGCUCCUAAUGCUCUCUUUGAGAUGUGAUGGGAUUUACAACAGCAAAAGCCAAUAUAGAUGAAGUUCCUUACAACUGUAGAGAGCAAUAUGUGGCCACAGGCUCUUAUCUUAAUUUUCAGUUUAGGAUGGAAACACAGAGAGCAUUUUUAGUGCAUUGUCUUUAUCCAACUGUACUUUGUGACUUCCUUUUCUAGGGUAACGUUCAUUGGGUGAAAACAUUCUUGUUUUUAGAGAAAGUUUACAACUAGAGCACUGGAUCAGCUGUAAUGUAACAUGGUAUAUCUUUGUCCUGUAGGAUGCAAUGUUCCCUGUAUUCACAUAGGAGGUGUGAUAUCUGCAGGGAAAGCCAGCCUUAGGUUGCUUCUGUAAUGAUCAAGCUGUUUUGGCUCUGCCAUUUCCAUCCAGGAAACUGUAGCAGGAAGGACUUGGUGCGAUGCACCUUGAGGAGCAUUUUGAGCACCCCAAACAACCUUUUUAGAUCACUUAGAGGGGCUCUGGACCUUUUAAGACUGAAUGCUCAGCUGAGGUGAGUUUUCAUCUGUCAGCAUCAAGUGCUCAAUAAAGAAUGUGCUGGGCACUUGUGCAGUGAAGUGUUUGUGGCAAAUAUCCUGUGUGGAGCAGGAGGGUCAUUGUAUUUUCAUUGUCAUGGUAGUUGGUACUGAGCAAUGUUUUCGCUUGAACAUGAGAUUGUUUGACUUUUUCCUCUCUGGCCAUUGAGGGACUGGAUGUGUUGGCGCCUGAAGAGAUCCUUUUAGGUCUUUGGCAAGGGAAGGUGUAUCACAGUUCUGACAUUCUUGUUCACAACCUGGAAUUUCUUCACAGUCUGCUUGUUAGGCUUUGAAAUCAUGGCCCCAAUACUGUUUUUGAAAUCUCUAACCGAAGACCUGUCUUCUGUACACAGGCCUCAUUUGUGAGGGCAUCUGUAUCAGUGGUACUGUUUGGCCAUGCCAUCAGCUUCUCCUGGGGGUCCUCUACUGAUGUGGUGAAGUCUAGGACUGAGAUGGAGGAAUUACAUGUUUUGCUGGAGAAAGCAUUCCUCUGGGAGCAUUUUUGAAGAGUUUUUUUAAAAUGUUUUGGGGUUUUGUUUAAUUUGGGUUGUUUUGUUUUGUUUUGUUUAUCCAGUGGUAGAGAACCUGUUAUCAGAGGAUGGAGCAGUAUAGACAUCAAGGGGAGCUGUUUAGACAGGUUGGGAGGGGGACAUAGCCCAUUUCCAUCAGGAGGAAUAAUGUCGUAGAGAAUUUGGGGGCUUUCUCCAUCCUUUCUUAGAAGUCUAACACAACAGAAUAGCUGGCUUGAACACUGUGGCUUCUGUGCUGCUUUUGUUAAAGGACUUGGGCAACAGUCAGAACUAUCUAGGCUGGAAGAAAUCAAUGGUCAAAAGCUGCAGCAAUGUAGCAUGCUCAUAACUUAUUUCAUAUUUCUGAUUCUCAAGUGCAGUCAUCAACAGUCCCUAAGGCUACUACUUCAGCACUGAGGAGUAUUUACCCUGUGUCCAGCCCUGCAAUUUUUUGGAGAUCUUUGUGUGGCUGCAGGAAUCACUGUGGUGGGAGAGGCUGUGAAGAGCUAAAAAGGGCUAAUACAGGUGUUGUCUAUGUUUUUCCCAUACACACCAGCAAAGUGUGUAUGGUAGGAUUUGCUUUCUUCAGAAACCAAGUUUCAACUCUGUAUAUGGGGGUUUAGGCUAUUUCUUGAAACAAAUCUACUUUAUCACACUCUCUCUCUUCUUGAGAGUGUGCGUGUGUAUGUAGAUAUAUAUAUAUUUUUAAAUAACUUGGUCAACAAAAGCAAGGUCAACUUCUGAUGUCUUUCAGUUCCUGUUCUAGGAACUUAUUUAUUAUGUGUUAACAUAAUAAAAGUAGUGUUCACUUUAAAGCAUUCCUGGAAAAAGUUAAAGCCCAUUCAAAAUAGUAAUUUAUUUCUUUCCUUUGAAAUCCAAAUGUUGGGCUUAAUCCAUUAUGAACAACUACAUAGAAUGUUCUGGCAGGAAUUAUUCUCUUGAAAACAUGCAUUUUUAAACAAGCAGAUAAGUUGCUUAAAUAAUUUCAAGUUUGUAUGUGCCGUGCUGCCAUUGAUGCUUCUGCUAAAUGCUGUUUCCAGUGUGCCUUUAUCUAUAAGCUUACCUUCUAGGAUAUGUCAGUGCAGUCAGCAGCAUCUGUCAGUUUUGUGAAAUUAGUGACUUGUGUCUUUUGGGUUUAUUUUAUGUUUUUAAAGCCAGUGCUGAAACCUAGGAUGUUCUUCUUUGAAGGUAUUGAAAUGUCUUUUUUUAAACAAGCAAACAAACUCCACCAAAAUGGAAAACUGUUUCUCUAGUAAAACAACUCGAGGAACCAUAAACCUGCAUUCCUUAAUGCUGCAGAAUUUCCAGGACUGUUCCCCUGCCCAUGGACACACACUGCUGAGCCUAGAUCUUUGGAUCUCUGGUAAGUUCAUGGGCCAUGAGAAUGUAUGCAUGAUUUGCUUGUUUCUCACUCUAACAAAUAAGAAGUAUUAGACAUUUCUCAUUGUAUAUGGCCCUAGCAGGUGGAAGUUGCUUGGUGAAUUCAGUUCUCCAGAUGAUACUUUGACAUUUUUGUUGCUAACUAUUUUAGCUAUGUUUUCAAAGCUGAAUGUACUUUAAAUUUUUCACCUGCUUCUGAUUCUACUAGUUUGGUUAUUCCACCUGCUUGGAAGGAGAAGGUAUUCCUUUUACCAUAAGAGCAGGCUUGCUUUUAAUACAUGGCACUUGCUCAGAAGCUGAAAGCAGUAAUUUCUGGCUCUGUGAAUUUGUGGCAUUAUGUUUUUAUCACUUGGCCAAGUAUGUUUGUGUCAGGAAUUUAGGAGAGACUAUAGCAAGCCUUAUAUCUUGAUUCAGUAUGAUUGUUUCUCCUAGAGCUACUGCUUUCUUGCAGAAUGUCAGUUCAUACCAUGAAUGAAAGGGUCAGAAAACUGGCUGUAACGGUGCAAACACAAUGUCAGAAUUUGGAUUCUUAUCCUUUGGUUUGGGCUAUUAUAGGUUCCAAGCAGGUUUCUCACAUUUACUUCUGCACACUGUUUUCCUUCACAUACAGAAAGAGUACUGGCAGCUGAUUUGUAAAAUAGGGAUUGGGCUAUUCCCAAAAUACUCACCUGCACUGAAUAGCAGAUGAGACCAGAUAGAGCUUGUCCUGUGUGGCUCAGAGUCUACUGAAAAUAAAGAGUAAUUCAGUUUGGCACUGCUAAGAUACUGCCUCUUGUUGAAGGCAGAUAGUGUGGUGAUACUUGCAGUGCCUCACUGCCUUGAAGUGUAGGCACUGGAUUUUCAUUUGCAUUAUGGUUUUACACGCACAAGCAGGGACUGUCCAGCUGUGUAAAAGGACUGUCUUUGUUUGCAUUUUAAGGAAGGAGUGUAUUUUGGAAGAAAUCUUCCUAAGCAUUAAAAAGGUUCAGUACCCAAUUGUAGUAUUCAGUGCAGUGCAUACAUAGCAUGAAACUGCCAUGACUGCAAACAGUGGUUUUUAUUUUCCUAACCAAAAUUGUACUGCAGUAUAAAACAAUUUACCUUGACAAAUCUGUUGAGAUCCACAUCCAGAUUCUCUGUACUAUGGUUCAAUCCAUCAUAUUAAGUAGUGAAAACAAGGCAAAAUGUAAAAUUUCUAAUUACAGAUAAUUGUUAAUUUGCAUCGGGGAAAAAGGUUAUUCUUGUUUUGUGUGUAAAAAUGGACUAUCAAGUCUGUCCUUUUGCUCAACCCUGUUACUCUCCCUCUGUCAGAUGCAGCAGAUAAAAGUACUGUUCAAGCAUUUGUUUUGUGCUGGCAGCUGUUUGCUUAUAUGAUGUCAGUUUUCCUUUCCUUGGUCUCCUAUGGGCAAACAGAAGUGCACACACAUGCAAGGAACUUAACAGUGAGAGAGUGAGCGCAUGCAUGUGUUCUCUGUGCUGGUGCAAACUUUCCUCAGAUAUUCUUCAGAUAAUUGAGUUCCUAGGCAAAUGUUCUAUUCCUGCUUUUAACCUCAAGUGAAACUAAUUUUGUCCCCCAGUAUACCAGUAAUGGGCAAGUAGUCAGGUGGAGCUUCAGGAUGGACGUAAUAAAAUAACAGUAAGUGUAGUCUUCUGACAUUUAGGUGAGGUUUGAGAGAGGAAAAUGUUCCUCCAGAAGGGAAACGGGAUAGAGGUUAAUUAGUUUCUUAAUGUCAGUUAUUGCUUGUCAGGGAUUUUUAACUUGGAUACUAAUUCCAUACUUCUGCAGCAGAGGAAAAUCCAUUUCAUGUACAUUUUAUAUUCUUAACUCCCCAAGGUGAAGGAAGGAAAUACAAAGUUUAGAAAUUUAAUUUUAAGGAGGCAACAAAGGCAAAUGAUUUUUGCACAGGCUGUGAAUCAGGUGCAGAUGAGCUGCACAUCUGUGUUUUAUCUCUGUAUGAAAGCACUUCUCCCUGUGGGUGAAUGGGUGAGCUAUUACAGAAUUUAUAUUAGGAAUCUGUUUCUAGAAAAUGUUAUUUAUUGUAAAAGCUGUUGUAUUGUAACUGGAACCA